AAAGGACAUUAUUAAUUUUCUUUAAUCUCUUAGUUCAUAUGGGAAAAGGUUAUGGGAAUAUAAUUGUUUAUUCUAUGAAUUAAACUCCAUUUUCCGAUUUGUUCCUUAAAUAAACUCGUUAACCACUUGAGUUUAAUCACUUGAUUAGUUUUAUUAUCUUCUUUUUCUUUUUUCACCAACAGUAUUGGGCCCACUGAACCACCUUAUCUGGUUCGGAGGUUAGUUCUGACAUCAAGUUGUUCCAGCUCUUUCCGAUCACAGUUGCGGAGGAUCGAACUAUGUUCCUCCCUACCAAAUCCAAUGUCAAUCACCACCGAAGCAACAAAAAAAUCGAAUUUAGUUUUAUUACCUUCAGCUUAUAUGCAUAUAUGUGUCCUUAUAGUUCAUUACAUUCAGUAGCAGCAACAAUGGAUGCUCCUUCUCCUUUGCACAUAGCAAUGUUUCCAUGGUUUGCUAUGGGACACUUAACCCCUUAUCUUCAGCUAUCCAACAAAUUAGCAAUAAGAGGCCACAAAAUCUCAUUCUUUAUCCCUAAAAACACACUCAAAAAGUUGCAACAUCUCAACCUUCAUCCAAAUCUUAUCACCUUUGUCCCUAUCACAGUUCCUCAUGUUAAUGGCCUUCCUCAUAAUGCUGAAACAACUUCAGAUGUACCCUUUUCUCUAUUCCCUCUUAUAGCUACUGCCAUGGAUCAAACAGAGAAACAAGUUGAAAUUCUUCUAAGGGAACUAAACCCAAAAAUAGUUUUCUUUGAUUUUCAAUAUUGGCUACCAAAUUUGACUAAAAAACUUGGCAUCAAAAGUCUUCAAUACUUGAUAUGGAAUCCAAUAUCAUCAGCUUAUCUUGGAAAUAUACCAAGAAAUAGUCAAGGAAAAGAUUUAACUGAAUUUGAUCUCAUGAAACCACCUGCAGGUUUUCCUGAUUCAUGCAUCAAGUUUCAUUCACACGAACUUCGAUUCCUAGCUUCGACAAGGAAGCUAGAAUUCGGAAGUGGUGUUUUAUUAUAUGAUCGUGCUGACAUAGGCACGAGGCUUUCAGAUGCAGUUGCUUUCAAAGGUUGCAGAGAAAUUGAUGGUUUAUAUGCUGAUUAUCUUGAAACUGUUUUUGGUAAACCUGUUCUGCUUUCAGGUCCUCUCUUACCUGAGCCUACAAAAAUUACUUUGGAGGAAAAAUGGGUUUCAUGGCUUAAAGGAUUCAAAGAUGGUUCUGUGAUUUUUUGUACAUAUGGAAGUGAAGGUCCAUUAGAAAAAAAUCAGUUUGAAGAGUUGUUACUUGGCCUUGAAUUAACAGGUUUUCCAUUUCUUGCAGCACUUAAGCCACCUAAUGGAUUCGAGUCUAUUGAAGAAGCAUUACCUGAAGGAUUCAAUGAAAGAGUUAAAGGAAAAGGGAUUGUUUAUGGAAGUUGGAUUCAACAACAGGUGAUUUUAGAACACCCUUCUGUUGGAUGUUUCAUAACACACUGUGGUGCUGCUUCUAUAACUGAAGGACUCAUUAACACGUGUCAGUUGGUCUUGUUGCCGCGUAUAGGUUCUGAUCAUAUCAUAAAUGCAAGAAUGAUGAGUAGAAAUUUGAAGGUUGGUGUGGAAGUUGAGAAAGGUGAUGAAGAUGGAUUGUUUACAAAAGAAAGUGUGUGUAAAGCUGUGAAGAUUGUGAUGGAUGAGGAGAAUGAAGUUGGAAGAGAAGUGAGAACAAAUCAUGAGAAAAUUAGGAAAUUUUUAUUAAGCAGUAAUUUAGAAUCUUCAUGUGUUGAUAGUUUCUGUCAAAAACUUUAUGAUUUUCUCUUUAAGUUACAAUGAAUGAUAAUGAAUCUUGCUAGUAAAGUUUUGCUUUGCGCUCACUAUGGUUCAUGUGCUUUACAGCUUUGAUUUUGUGUAUGUGUAGUAGUGGGCAGGGAAAGGUGGAAAUGUAUCAGAAGAAGGGAUUUUGUCUUAAUUGUAAGCUGUUAAAUUAAAUAUAUGCAAGAUUUGCUAUAUUGUUGUCGCA